GCCAGGCGUACUUGGAGAUGGAGACUGUCGGGAUGUGACCCCGGAACAGGACGCCUCCUUAGAAACAACACACCAUUCAAAUAAAAUCCAAACGACAGAAAGCUGGACCAGGAGAGCAGUGCUGCGGGAGCUGGGGGGAUGAACCGCGAGGAGGCCCCUGGGAAGACUCCGGAGGAGAUGUACAUCCAGCAGAAGGUGCGGGUGCUGCUCAUGCUCAAGAAGAUGGGAUCCAACCUGACGCCCAGUGAGGAGGCCUUCCUCAGGAAUUACGCCGGUGUGGUUCACAGUCAGAUGAGCCAACUACCGCAGCACCCCAUUGACCAGGGCGCGGAGGACGUGGUGAUGGCCUUCUCCCGGCAAGAGACGGAGGACCGGAGGCAGUGACGUCCCACCCGCCUGCUGCGACACGCCGCGGCGUGCUGUGCUGUGCUGUGCCGUGCUGCGCUGUACCGUGCCGCGUUGUGUUGUGUCUCCCAAGCCUAACACUGUGGAUGGAAGAGGAGAGGGGACGAGCGUUGGGACAGGGAUGGGAGGGAAGAGGAGAAGGGGGGCGGAGGUGAAUCCAUCAUGGGCACUUGGCUCGGUCCUUCCACUCCUUACCCUCCCUCUCUCCCUCUCCCCUUCCCUAUCUCUCUUUCUCUCUAUCUCUCUCUCUCUCUCUCUCGCCUUUCUUCCUCUCCUCCUCCUCCUCCUCCUCCUCCUCCUCCUCCUCCCGAUAUGAACUGCCACACUAAGCGCCCUCACUCCAGUGGUCCCAGGCCAUGGUGAUGGGGGAAGACGCCGAGAGAAGACAUGGGAGAGAACUGUUGUGAGUGCAGAACCAUUUUUUUUGUUGGAUUUUAGUCAUUGUUUUUCUUGUGAGGGUUUUUUGUUUGUUUCAUGUUUUUGUUUUUGCAUCAUGUAUUAUUGGGGCAGUGUUGUGUUUGAUGUGUGUAUGUCUCAGAGUGUGUGAAUGGACCAACAUUAUCCAUUUGUUUGGUCAAACUAAAGGGGAGACAGUGGGGGGUGGGGUGGGGGGGGGACUAGAUGUAUUUCAAGGGUGUCCUUAGAAGGGCCGUCAUAUUCUGUUCAUUUUGAUGUGUGAGUGUUAUCGACAGAACCAGGCAAGCAAAGGGGUGUUUAUGUGACAUGUGUCAUGUUUUGGUUUUCCUCAUUUGAUUGAAUGAGAAGUGCUCUUUGCAUAGUUUCUUUGUAUUUCACACUAAAAGCUAAAGUGCUGAGGCGCCUACCGACUGUCCACGAUGAAACCGGAAGAAUCCACACGUAAGCAAGCACAUUCUUAAAAAAAAAAAGGUGCAUACAAAUUUCCUUCAGAAAGUCUUUUCACUGAAAUGUACUGACUUAACCUGUUUUUUAUUGUAUAAACAGUAAGAAAAAAUAGGACAAUGAAUGACGUGUGCCAACUGUGUUUUUUGUAACAUUUUAAGAAUCUGAUGAAUGUCUUAGUUCUUAAUUUAUUGUUUAUCUUGUUACACUCUAACUCCAGUGAAGGGUGUUUUGCUCAUGACUCAAGGCCUGAUGGACUGUGAUUUUGCAACUACACUCAUCAUUCUGGUCAUGUUUGCCCAAAUUCAGACACACUGUGGAACUAGGUGUUGUAUAAUGUUUGAUCAGUAAAAUAGAUUCCUCUCCCGACUUGCGAGAUGUAAUUAGCAGAGUAUUUAGCUGUUGUUCUUCACACCCAAAAUCAAAGCUCCACUGUGCUAUGGGACAGAGGUGACUAAAGACCAGUCACACUUAUUCAGAACCUCAGCCUUAAAACAUCACACAGGCACCCUUGCAUCAACAGCAAGUGAAGCACGGACACAGCACACAGUUACACAUUAGCUUCCGACUCUAAUCUUUUAAUUAUUGCAGUUAUGCCAAUAGCAUGAAGAGCUACAGUAAAAGGGAAUAUCCAGAGCAUGGUGUUCUAAACACCAUUAAAUUACCCCCCGAGACCUCAAACAGAAACACUUUAUAAUCGUGUUUGUUUGUUAGUUAGUUUCUUCUGAACUGGAAUGUCAAAAAUAUUUUUUCAUUUCUUUUUUUUUUUUCUAAUCUGCAUUAAAUUUUUGGUCUUUUUUGGUGAUGACAUGGCACCAUGGGCAAUAUUUAAUGUGUAUAAAUAUAUUUUGUUAACGUGCUUAACUUAAAAAAAAAAAAAAAACAAUUGUAACUUAAUGUUUUAUGAAAUUAAGCAUGCUUGCCUUGUGGUUUUUAAAGUGUUCAUUUCAGUAGUUCUUCAAAGAAUCGUGACUCAUUGACCAUCACUUGUACAUCCCUGAUGUCUGCGGAAGGUCGUCCUCUUGGACAUCAUAGGUUUUUAUCAUUAUUGUUGUCGUCCAUUUUAUCUUGUUGGCAAUAAUGGCAGAAAUCUUGAAACCGAAUGUCCUCAGUGUUUAUGGCUAAUGACAUAUUUCAUUUCUCUGCCAGUGACAAGGAAGUCUGUUCUUUAUAUGUUUACUUUUGUUUUUAUUUGUUUGUUUCUAAAACAUUUUUGCCUAUGCAUUUUUGUCCCUUAAUCAACAGUCUUACUGUGAUGACAUCAGGUUCUGUCCAUUUAGGCCCAGCAUCUCUAGUCUAUUAGUAUAAGAAUGUCUGUUUACUUACAUUGGACUUAAAGUCUAAAUAAUUGACAGCAUGCUGUUUAUGAUCCCUAGUGCUGUAUAUCUUUUAAUGUGAUGGCCUGAUGUUGCCUAGCUGUCGUUCUUUGGGUUCUAAAAAUUGUGUUGCUUUUUUGUAUUUUGAUUUUGCGUUUUUUUUUUUUUUUCCAUUGAUAACUGAUUAGUUGGUUUUUGCUAUAUGGCUGCUGACCAUGUCUUUUGACUAAAUGCUUCCAAAACCUAUACCAACUGAACCAUUAAAAGAAUUUAAAGAUGGC